AUGUCUUCUGAAAUGGAUAGAGCUCUCUUAGCCUUAUCCCUCAAAGAUGAUGAUGAUGGCCUUUUCACUCUACCAAAUCUCCCGCAGUAUUUCGCAACUGAAAGGAAUGCAUGCAGCUUAAUAGGACGACUUCUUAACCCAGAAUUUCAAAGGCUGCCAAAAUUGAUCCUCGAUCUACCUAGGAGGUGGCAGAAGGCGGAAAGGGUCAGGGGAUUUGCUCAGACUAAAGAAAAAUUUCAGUUUGUGUUCAUGCAUGAACACGAUCUUCAGGAAGUUCUCGACAAAGAGAAGCCUCCGCCUGGAUACUUGCAAUCAGUGUCGAUCUGGGUUAGAAUCAGUAACAUUCCAGUCAAUCACUACACUAAAGAAACUAUUUCUGAGCUUGGAGAUCUCAUCGGGCAUGUUGAAAAAGUCAUAUUUGAUCCCCGAAAAACCACAGAGGCAAGAGUCCUGAAUCUCCCAGGUGGUGAACAGACAACAAUAUGUUACUAUUAUGAAAAAGUACAGAAACGAUGUUACCAUUGUCAGAGAUUAACGCAUGCAAAGGAGCGCUGUCCUUUUCUAGAACAUGAUAAAGGAUCUAGAGAUCAAUCAACUGGUUUCAUGACUAUCUCUCAGACUCCUCGUCCCCAACGGGUUCUUGAAGUUAACGAUCCUCUGUUUGGAGUCUUAAAGGAAGAUCAAGUUGGAAUUAAUCCUCUCUCCGGUCGCCCACGUAUUGCUCCUGAGAUUCUGCAAGAGAUGUGUAAUUAUCUACUAGCUUCAAGCUCUAAAGACAGACAUGUUCGAGAACAAAGAGUCAUUGCUUCAGUGAAAGAUGCAGAGAUGAAUCCGGCCACACAGAGAUCAGUGAUGCAGCUCAUCUCCACUCAGUUGUUUACUUCAGACAUAAACAAAGGAAAAGGGAUAGUUUUCUUAUAUGAUAAAGAAGAAAGAAUGGGUCACUAUUUUAUCCCUAACCCGCAGCCUAAGCUUAUGGCAUCGGCAAUCUCCUCAGGACAGACGCUGUUCAACACUACAAGUCUACAACUAAUGUUUUCUGUAAACUGUCGCUACCAUCCCUUCAACAGCCUCAGGAGAAUCAAAUCAGUCCUCUGA